UAUCUCUCUUUCACACUCUCACACCCACGCACAUACACACACUCUCUCUCUUUUCCCCUCUUUCCUAUACUUCAUACCUUCUCAUUCUUUUCACACAUUAUCCAUACUUUUAUUACUCACACACGCUUUCCAUGGACGCUAGCACAGCCGCACGGUCCUGGCUACUAAGACGCACACCGUCGUCUUGCUCUAGCUCCUCCUUUCUUCUUGUUAGCGAUGAGGAGGACGACCAACUUUGUCUAGCCGACGAUGAUGACGACGACCAAAAAUCGUGUGCAGACAGCAGGGGCGAGAGCAGCGACAGCAAUGGCCACUACGGAGGUGGCAAACACGAGGAGGAUUACGACAACGGUGUCUUUAGCGUUGACUAUCCGUUCGAGUCAGACAUUCAUCACGCCAAUAAUCUGUUCUCGGCGACAAUUUUUGAGGAUGAGUGCGAGCACCUUUCGGAUACUUCCUACGAGAACAGCAUAGACGACGUGCUCAGCAUCGCCAGCUCCCAGGACGACCCACCUGGCUCCGAGCCCAGUGUUUCCCCCACCUCUUCUCAAACAAAAACGAUCACCAAAGACAAGCGGUCUAACCCUAGUCAUGCAACUUUUCCUGGUAACAUCCCGCCUAUAGUCGCCCACUCUAUCUUUUCAUAUCUCGAUCAAAGCUCCCUUCAUUCAUCUUUGACCGUCAGCAAGCCUUGGUUCUGUUUUGCGGUCAAGCACCUCUACCGCGAUCCUUUCCACAGCGAUGCUACAGGCAGACGCGGACCUGACGGACACGCCCCAAAGCCAUGGUUGCACCCCGUUCAAGAGCGAUUGCUCGUCCGCCUGUUAUUGCGCUCCAUUUUCUGUCCCAGUGAACCCGGGGAGAAGACCGUUCUGGUCUCCGAAGAGGUCAGCGGCUUGGCGGGAUCCUGCCGCGUGGUGGACAAGGAUGGAGUCGAAAUUCGCACCACCGUGAAUUACAUGUCUUUUCUAGAGGUCCUUGACUGGGCGCCUUGGGGCCGUUAUCUCGAUUUUUGGGAAACCGUCCAUGUUGGAUGCAUUGCAGCGUGUGAGAGCGAUCUCGCUUCGCCCUUUCGAUUCUCAUUCCACACGAUCCUCGAUUGGUUUGUUGAGAAUCCGAACGCCAAAACCCUUGUGCUACAUCCAGAUACGAACCUGCCUUGCGACAUUGCCAACUUGCUGCCAAGCUGGACGACACUUUGCUUCGACCAGACCCCUCCUACAUCGUACUAUAAGAAAGACACAGAGAGAACGUCCUAUCGAGAGGUCCCGGAGGAGCUUAGACGCUCGCAUGAUUAUUACACCAAUUUCAACUAUGCGCGUCUUCUCCAUGGUCUCCUUGAGCUCGAGGGAAAAGGCAUGGACACCUUGGAUCGAGAACGAGUAAAAGGGAUUCGACACUUGCAACUUCCACCAGACUUUUAUUUCAUGGGCGACUACAAGGACGAGGCAGCAACACUCCUUCAAAUUGUCCAAAAACCACUCUCUUUGGAUGUUAGCGCCUGCACAAACUGGGCAUUUUUGAGUAUCGAGCUUGGUAACGAGAAUUUACAGGAACUAGUCCGAUUUGUAUCACUCGGCAAUCAGCAGGAAUCCUUCUCCUUCCAAGGCUUCCUGAGACGUUGCCCGCGGCUGAGAGAGAUCGAGAUGGUUGUCCGGAAUGCAGGCGAGGUCGACUUUGGUUCUCACACGACUCAAGUAGUCCUGAGCGACAAUGACUGGUGGUUCGAGCUUCAGAGCCGCCAAAGGUCAACUCAAAGAGCGCUAGGCGAUCCACUGGCGAUAGAGGACGUAUGGACCCUUAGCCCAGCUUUGUCAACGCCACCUGCGUUGACUGUUGCGAAGUUGUAUGCCUUGAACACCCAUGAACUACACCUCAUCCUCAGCUUAAUCAAGUUGGAAUUCAGCAAUAGCUUGCGAGAGCUCAAACUUGGACUAGUGCCCCCCCAGCGUCGAACAAACUUGCACUCUACUCCUGAACCGCACAGGACAGACUUUUACCUAGGCAGUGCGUCCUUUACAAUGCCUCAACUUGUGGACCUGUACUUGCAUCUUUCUGGUCAUACUCACUUUCUGGGAGAGGAUCCUUUCGAUGGCUGUCCGCGCCUCCAACGUCUAAUACUGGUAUCUGAUGGGGAAACGCGCCGGUCUACUCACGUGUGGAGAGCACCAUUGAGUCUGAGGGAGCUGCUUUUGGAUGGCCACACGAUCCGCCAGAUGUUUGAUCUCGGUUCUCUGGCCCGACUGUCUCGACUGGAGUCCCUUGCCCUUCACGAUGAUGGCUCGGGGCAUCCGCCCCUACUUUGGAUGCCCCAGAUGUUCCUGGCCGAGCUCGGGACCUUGCAACUUUCAGGAACCGGAGCAAAGUCUUUUCGGUUCGACUGGCUGCAGUUUUUGCCGUCCUUGAAGGUCCUGGAGGUCAAUGGCCUAGAAUACAGUAGCAUUCUCAAGGCAUAUGUCAAUAUCUGCGACGUCGCAGCAGAGUUGGACAAUAAGUCAUUUUCGCUGCCGCAGGGACUGUUGAUCUGCAAGUUCACUAUAAUCAACAUGGAAUGCCCUUACGAUUUUGAGGACUCUAUCCUACAUCUUUUCAUGGAGUCCGAGACGCAGCCAAUAAGCCCAUCUGACCCUGUGGGGGAGCCAGAUCUGGAUACUCUGCCUGAGAGGCCGCCUUUGAAUCGUGACCUCGAAGAGCAGAUCGCCAGAAUGGAGAGACACAGUCCGUCAGCCGAUUACCGCCUCCUCUCGGUCCUGCGCGAGUUUUGUCCAGGGGUUAGAACGUUAAGCGUCAAUAUCGAGGGGUGCACAUGCACUACUCGUCCGUCAUUGUGGCCCUACUCACCUCCUGGGUCACAAACUGUGGACCAUCCUUUAGAACUCGAGUGGCGCACUCUUGUAGCCUUGAACGGAUUUCUUCCUGAACUUACUCGUUUCCGCACGGUGUCGUUCGCACUGAAUACAGCAAAGAAUGUUCUUCUGCUAAGGCAUGGUUUUGUCCGCAAGCCUGACUUCCUGGGAAUGGACAAAAGCAACAACAUCAAUCAGGGCAAGUGCGUCUUCAAGCUGGGCGAGGUGGAUUACAUGUGGACUGCGUAGGUGCAUGGAAACCAUAGCUGUCAUUUUUAUGAGAAGCGUUUGAAGCAUUUGUCGUUUAUGAAUAAACACAGCAUGGUUACUACGAUGCUGCC